GCAGCAGUAGCUCACUGUAUGCCUUUGUAUGCGCAGAAGUGCUCAACUGCAGCCUGAACUGCUCGCCCUUACACAACAAUUAUGAGUAAAAGACGAAAAGUUGGACUUUAAGAUGAAUAGCUCGCUCGCGCCGCGCCACUCCCUAAAAUGAAGGAGGAAAACACAAGUAAGCGCAAGAGGAAUUCCGGAGCAUUUCCCCAUGGAUAUUUUGCAUCUUGAAAACAACUCGGGAAGAUCUCUGAAUUGAGUCGAGGCAACACUGUGAGGACACUGGGGGCGGCAGAUUUUGCUGACCUUAGCAUCUUCGGACCGUUUCAAUGGGAAGCUCUUUGCAAAUAACGCCUUAAGGGAGCUCCCCGUCGUUAAUUUCUCAGAGACGCACCGCUGUAUGCCUCCCGUGCGUCCUGAAGGCGUUUACGGCUGGAUCUGCUCGAGACCGGCGCAGGAGAUCUGGCGCAGCGAGCAGGGGGAAGAGCAGGAUCUUUGCAGUAUACCUGUAAUGAAAGGCUGCUGAAAGACAUCAAUGACCCUGGCAACCAGACGGUUCAUUAGUUCUGCUGGUGUCAUGUAAACAUAAUCAUUUAACAAAUAAUUUCUCUGGCGCGUUGGGGACUCUUGAUGUUUGCAGUGUUUCCUUGGAUCUAAUGGAAGAAAAGGGGGCGAACAAUUGAAAGGGAGUCCCACAUUUCCCCACUAAAAAUUUUAGAGGCAACAACCAUUGCAUCCUGAAUCCAAACUGCAGGUUGCAUUCAUUCACAGCAUGACUGUUGCCACGGGUGACCCAGCUGAUGAAGCCGCAGCUCUCCCGGGUCAGCCACAGGACACAUAUGACCCGGAACCAGACCAUGAGUGCUGCGAAAGGGUGGUCAUUAAUAUCUCUGGUCUGCGCUUUGAGACACAGCUCAAAACUCUGUCUCAGUUCCCAGAGACAUUGCUUGGAGACCCUAAAAAGAGAAUGCGCUACUUCGACCCUCUGAGGAAUGAGUACUUUUUUGACAGGAACCGCCCAAGUUUUGAUGCCAUUCUCUAUUACUACCAAUCAGGCGGCAGGCUCCGUAGGCCUGUCAAUGUGACACUGGAUAUUUUCUCAGAGGAGAUACGUUUUUAUGAGCUUGGGGAAGAAGCCAUUGAGAUGUUCAGGGAGGACGAAGGAUUUAUUAAGGAAGAGGAGAAACUACUGCCAGAGAAUGAGUUUCAGAGGCAGGUAUGGCUGCUUUUUGAGUACCCUGAAAGUUCAGGGCCUGCCCGGAUUAUUGCUAUAAUUUCAGUCAUGGUUAUUCUCAUAUCCAUAGUCAGUUUUUGCCUGGAAACACUUCCAGUUUUUCGCAAUGAGGAAACGGAUAUGCACAAGGCAUACAGAACCAACUCCAACUCAACAAUUAACUAUACUUCCACCUACUUUACUGACCCUUUCUUCAUCUUGGAGACACUUUGCAUCAUAUGGUUUUCCUUUGAGUUUCUGGUGAGGUUCUUUGCAUGUCCAAGCAAAGCAGGCUUCUUUGUCAAUAUAAUGAACAUCAUUGAUAUCGUGGCUAUAAUACCUUACUUUAUCACCUUGGGAACAGAACUAGCUGAGAAAGCUGAGGAUGGUCAGCAAGGCCAACAAGCCAUGUCACUUGCCAUCUUGAGGGUUAUCAGAUUAGUGCGAGUCUUCAGGAUCUUCAAACUUUCUCGGCACUCAAAAGGGCUGCAGAUUCUUGGCCAAACACUUAAGGCCAGCAUGAGGGAGCUCGGGCUGCUUAUCUUUUUUCUCUUCAUUGGAGUCAUCUUGUUUUCAAGUGCCGUUUACUUUGCAGAAGCGGAUGAGCCUGAUUCGCAGUUUGUAAGCAUCCCAGAUGCCUUCUGGUGGGCAGUGGUUUCAAUGACAACAGUAGGGUAUGGUGACAUGGUUCCUACAACCAUUGGAGGCAAAAUCGUGGGAUCCCUGUGUGCUAUCGCUGGUGUGCUGACCAUUGCCUUGCCCGUGCCUGUCAUAGUCUCAAACUUCAACUACUUCUACCAUCGAGAGACAGAGGGCGAGGAACAGGCCCAGUACCUUAACGUGACCAGUGUCCCCAAGAUAGAUUCCUCAGAGGACCUGAAAAAGAGCCGCAGUGGGUCAACCAUGAGCAAGUCUGACUACAUGGAAAUUCAAGAGGCUGUGAACAACAGUAAUGAGGACUUCCGAGAGGAGAACAUCAAGACCGCCAAUUGCACCCUAGCCAACACUAACUAUGUUAACAUCACCAAAAUGCUUACAGAUGUAUAACCACUUUGAUCUGCCUUGAUGAAGAAGGUGGGAUAAAGAAAGGGUGUGCAAACCCCAGUUUGGAAGGCUGCAAAUGCCUCAUGCAAGAGUAUCUAGACAGGAGAACUGGAAUGUGUUCAUUUGAGUGAAGGAACAGUGAAGAAGUCCUGUCCAUCAUUCCAUCUCCAUUCCCUCUUACAAGAUUUGGAAAACAUGUUUGGCGGGGGGCGUUGUUUUGCGUCCUUGUGUUCAGUGUCUGCAUGGAGUUUGUCUUUUCUGUGUGACUGUUCUAGUAGUCGUUCUGCUUGCAACAGUAGCCAAACCGUAGCGCAACCAUUUAGAUACAAGUGUAGCAUAGAGGGACCAAUUCCUGACUCUCAUUCCCCCUUUCACUGCCAACCUAAAUAUUCCUUAACUCUUUUUCAAGUAUAUUUGCACCUGGGAAGAAUUUUGUCACUCCAAAUAGAUCAGUGGCUGCUCAAGAGAUGACAAGAAUCACAAUAGAGGAUGAAUUUCUCUGUAAAUGCACAAAUACCGCCUGUCCUGCCAGCCAAAACAGUGUACCAUGUACCUAAAUUUUUUCACAUUCCAUCUUGUGACGGAAAAAUGCAUGACCAAUUUUGGGGUGCCUGGAAGGCCAGAGCAUCUUUUUAAUAUUUUCAAAUGUUAUCCCUUUUGCUCCUAGAGUAAAAAUAACUGAAAGUGUAGUGGAGAUUGUUUUGAAGUUGACCAUUUUUUCAUCGUUGUCAUUCCUCUAUACUGCAUGAGUAGCUGCCCACCAUUGCAUAAUUUCCGUCACAUACUUUUCCCAGCAUUGUAAACUUACAAGCAUUCCAUGUGUGUGAGCAAUGUCUUUUUAAACUAAAAAAUUGUGUAGAUUUUUACUGUGACAUUGCAGCCAGUAACAGCAAAACACUAGCUCACUAAGUCAGGUCACCAAAGAUCAAGUUCACUGCCGCUGUUUAUUGCAUUUUUAUGUUGUUUCUUUUACAUUUUAGUGACAUUUCAUGGUGCAUCCGGCCCAUAAUAUGAUGCUGGAGAAUAUAGAUAAAAUAGUAUGACAGUUCUGCUUCCUUGAAUAGCUUUUGUAAGUGAUAGGAAAUAUCCUGCUACUUUUGUGGUGCAUGUCUGGUACAAAUUCCUUGUAGCAUGCAUGUGGUAAGAAUGAUACUUACAAAACUAGAAAAAAGUAUUCAUAUCUUUAUCAAUUUAUUUUUCUCUGUGAGAUUAACAGUAUGUGCAAUAUUAUAAAUGCUUGAUUUUUUUUAUAGGUUACAAUAUUUGUAAGUAGUUUUUUUGCUACUUGGGUCGAAUACAGAGACGUUUGUUCAUUUUCAUAGCUUGGUUUUUUCAGAGAUCUAAAUUGAAAAUCGCAGCUGUAAUACCUGAUUUAGUUACAAGGACUUCCGAUGAUUUUGUCUUAUUAAAUGUUGGUACCUUGUGGUAUGUCUAGUCUACAGCCUAUCCUCGUAACUAAAGAAUGGUUAGUAUUGUCUUUUGUGUUUGAUGUGUAAAGACGUCAUUAAAAUGCUAGUGUGCUUUUUGUAUUAGAAGAAUAUAAAGAUACAAUUAUCAGCCAUUCUGAGAAAAUAAACUAAAAUAUUCAUUACAUCCAUUUAGGAGAAUUUCCAAAAUUUGGUCAAUUAAAUGUUCUCUAGAAUGACAAUGCCCCUUCUCCUAAUCACACACUAGAAAGCAUGCUUGGCUGUUAUAACCCAAUGUUGGGUUUGUCCAUAUUUGACCCAAUGUUGGAUUAUAACAACAUAUCAUGUUUUCUAGAGUGCAGGUUUGGCAGUUAAGCUUCACUAGAUUGAUUAGCACCUUCUGGUGGAUGAUGUAACUACACCAAAAUGCAUAUCAAAAAUUUUAUUUCUCCAUUAAAAGACAUUCUGAC